AUGGGUGAUGAUGACACGAACGGAUCGAAGAUGAAGGCGGAGGAAGACCCUCCCUGGGAAUCGCUGGUUUUCGAAGAGAGAAGAGUGGAGACGGUGGCGUCGUGGCUGGCGGUGGUUCUGGUAGCGCGAGUUGUCGCCGGCGAGCUCAAAGCGUGUUCUGGUUCAGGCGACGGUGGCCGGCUCUGGCAGAGGUGGCGGUCAGUUGUGGUGCUGAGCAAGAGACCUUGGGUCUCUGGAGAAGGUUCAGAGCGUCCUGAUAAAGGAAAAGGGGUAGCAAGGCCUACAAAGAGGAAACGGCAGGCACCAAAGUAUGUACUUAGGGUGCCUGCUAGACUACCUACCCCUGCUCCCGGUAGUUCAUCAUCUGUGGGGCCUCCUCCUACCCCUAGUAUACAGACUCCUACACUAGCAGUAGACCCUACUCCUCCUCCUCGUGCAGUACACCCUUCUACUACCACUGCAGUAGACCCUUCUCCUCCUCCUGCAGCACACCCUUCUACAACCCCUGCAGCAGACCCUCUUCCUCCUCCUCUUAUUGCCACCCCCACUCCUCCCCCUAUUGUUAUUACCCCCACUCCUCUCCCUGACCCUACUUCUAUACCUUCCUCAUCUUCUGUACCUCCUUCUGAGACUGUCACACCACUUGGUGAUCCAGAUUCAAGUGGUGAUGAUGAAGCUCUUGACCCGCCCCUCCAUGAUCGACCAUGGAUUGAGCCCUAUGGUAAAGGGUUUAUUCCAUCUAGGGUUGCUUCCCAGGCCAUCACACGUUCAAUAAAGCAACAGUUUUUAACUCCAUGGCCUACUUGGGGAGCAAUACCUCAUGACGACAGAAAGCCAUUCUGGCAGCGCUUUCAGAUGAAGGUGCAGUGGAAACCUGAACAUGAAACUCAGAUACACAGAAAUUUCCACAUGAAAGCAUCUCAUCGGCUGUCAGAGAUGUUUAGGGAUGCCCGGAAUGCAGGACAGCGCCCUAACUGGCUGGGUGAGCACAUUUGGAACUCUUUACUGGCCCAUUGGAAUACAGUAGAGUUCCGCAAUAAGUGUGCCAAAGCCCAGCGGAACAGAGCGUCUGAAAGGGGUGGCACCCUGCAUACUAGUGGGUCGAUCACCAUUCAUGAGCAUGCCAUUCGUAUGGCACAGGCUCUAGGACGGGCGGUCCAUGUUGAUGAGGUCUUUGCACAGACUCAUGUUCGGAAGGGAACUAAUCAAUUUGUUGAUGAAAGAUCUCGGAAGACUCAUGAAGACUUUUCUACGAGACUUUCACAGGUUAGAUCUGAACAUGAGUCAGCUCCUACACCGGAUGCUACCAGUAAUGCAGAUGAUGACAUCCGUAGGACGCAGUGCUGGAUCGACACCGUUGGUGGGAAGAAAAAGGGACGAGUGUAUGGUCUGGGUUGCAGAGGGAAAACCAUUUCUCUGAAACCUGCUCUGCAUUUUACCGAAGGCUUUUGCCCUUCGGUAAAUGCCCUCGUCUGCCCAUUACCGAAGGCUUCCGCCCUUCGGUAA